AUGUCUUUUGUCGUGAAAUUUUCAGCUGUAGAUGAUCACGCCUUAGAAUUUUCAGCUUAUAGCCGCGGCAAGAACUAUUUAGAUGAAGAUUUCUUUGACGAUUUCACCAAUUCAGCUCAUUUGCUUCAUGAUGAUGUGUUGAAAAGAGUUGUUUCAAUUAACUCUCCAAAAAAGCCAUUCAACAUUCUGAACAAGUAUGCAAGCAGAUGCAGAAGAUUGAAUGGUGACAAUUUGAAUUUCUCAAUUUAUGAGAGAGAAAGUCAGCCACCCUUAUCCGAGCUCGAGGAGGAUUGUGUUGGAGUUCGUCUCGUGCAGUGCUUGCUGUCAUGCGCGGAGAAGGUUGACAAGGAGGAGUACGAGGAGGCGUACGAGCUCUUGCUCAAGUGUGAUAGAAUGAGCUCUAGUAAAGGCAGUGUGGUGGAGAGGCUACUUUUCUAUUUCUCGGAAGGUUUGUAUGAGAGGAUUGAUAGGGAAACGUGGCGAGUCACACAUAAAGGGCUGGGGAAGAAGUUCGAGGAUCCUCUGGUGGCCGUGAGGAGCUCGGAUGAGACCAUGAUCGCCUUCCACAACGAGCUCCCUGUCUCUCAGAUCACCAAGUUUGCGGGGAUGCAAGCUGUGGUGGAUAAUGUAGGCGAGGCGAGGAAGGUGCAUUUCAUUGAUUUCGAGAUAAGGAAAGGUAUACAAUGCAUAAUCUUGAUGCAGGCUCUAGUGGAUAGGUGUGGGGAUCCUUUAGAUAGUCCGAGGAUUAGUGCUGUGUGUGUUGGGGGGGAGACGAGGGCGGGUGUUGAGGCGUCUGGCGAGCUUUGCUGGCUCGUUGGGGUUGUCGUUUUCCUUUGA